AUGAGUUCUUCUUCUACUUCUUCUUCUUCUUCAACGCCUGCAUCUAAUAAUCGAUCACGUGUUAAACUUUAUACGUUAAAUGAAGAACGACAAUGGGACGAUCGUGGUACCGGUUUUGUAACAUGUAUAUCCCCAACAACAUCUAAUACAAGUCAUUCAAUUAUUGUUAAAUCAGAAGUUGAUGGUUCAAUAUUACUUGAAUCAAAAAUUCAACUUCAUACAAAAUAUCAAAAACAACAAGAAACUUUAAUUGUUUGGUCAGAAGGUGAAAAAUAUGAUUUAGCAUUAAGUUUUCAAGAAAAAGCUGGUUGUGAUGAUAUAUGGGAGAAUAUUUGUGAUGUCCAAGGAAAAGAUUCUUCCUAUUUAACAACAACCAAUAAUUUAACAAAUGAUUCAGCAAUCUAUGAAUCUGAUGAUGAAUGUGUUGAAUCAAAUGAAAAUUAUUUAUCAUCAACAAUAAAUUUACCACCAGUUGAUUUAUCACAUUUACGUGAUAUAUGUGAUUUAUUUAGUCCAGAUAAAGUUCGUGAUGCAUCACGACGAGAUUUUAUAGCACGUGCAAUUGAAUCAGAAAAUUAUAUACGAAAAUUAAUUGAUCUAUAUCAUAUAUGUGAAGAUUUAGAAAAUAUUGAUUCAUUACAUCAAUUAUUUGAAAUCAUACGUUCAAUAUUUUAUUUAAAUAAAUCAACAUUAUUUGAAAUCUUAUUUAGUGAUGAAUUUAUUAUGGAUAUUAUUGGUUGUUUAGAAUAUGAACCACAAUUAAAUUUUAAAACAAAAAGAAAUCAUAGAGAAUUUUUAGAUAAAAAAGCAACAUUUAAAGAAGUUAUACCCAUAGGUAAUCAAGAAUUAUUAAUUAAAAUUCAUCAAACAUAUAGAAUACAAUAUAUACAAGAUGCAAUAUUACCAGCACCAAGUUUAUUUGAAGAAAAUCUAUUAUCAACAAUGAAUAGUUUUUUAUUUUUUAAUAAAGUGGAAAUUGUUACAUUGCUCUAUGAAGAUCCAAAGUUCCUUAGUCAAUUAUUUGCAACAUUAAAAGAUGAUAAUUUACCAGAUGAUAAACGCAAAGAUCUUAUGUUAUUUCUUAAAGAAUUUUGUGUAUUUUCACAAACACUACAACAACAAAAUAGAGAUAAUUUCUUUCAAGCACUUGCGACUCAUGGUAUCCUAAAUGUAAUUCAAGUAAUGCUUAGUCUGGAUGAUACAACAACAAAACAAGCUGCACUUGAUGUAUUUGCUUCCAUAGUUGAAUGUAAUCCUUCAACAGUACGUGAAUAUAUGUUACAAGAAACUCAAUCAACACAAGAUGAUGAUGAAUUACUUUUGAAUUUAGUUAUAUCUGAAAUUCAAAGUGAUCCAGAUCCAGAAUUAAGUGGUGCACUUAAUUUAAUGAAUUAUUUAAAAUUAUUAAUUGAUCCAGAAAAUAUGAUGGCUGUAUCAAUAAGUGAAAAAACAGAAUUUUUAUCAUUUUUUUAUUUUCGUUCAAUGUCUGUAUUACUUGCUCCAUUAAUGGCUAAUUCAUCGGAUUUAAAAUUAAUUCGUGAUGAUUUUCAUAUAGCACAAUUACAAAAUUUAAUUCUUGAUUUUGUUACAUUUUGUAUUGAACAUCAUACAUAUCAUAUGAGAAAUUUUCUUAAUAAAAAAGAUUUACUUAGACGUGUACUUGUUUUAUUAAAAUCUAAACAUCAAUUUUUACAAUUGAGUGCACUUAGAUUCUUAAGAAAAAUUAUUGGUUUAAAAGAUGAACAGUACAAUUUAACAAUUGCUCGAAGUAAUUUAUUUGCACCUAUUGUCGAUGCAUUUAAAGCUAAUAAACGACGAUAUAAUUUAUUAAAUUCAGCAUUGAUUGAAUUGUUUGAAUUUAUUCGACAAGAAGAUAUCAAAACAUUAAUUAAUUAUUUUGUGGAAAGUUUCUAUACAGAUUUCGAAUCAAUAACAUAUGUUAAAACAUUUCAUGAUUUAAAAUUACGUUAUGAUGCUCAUAGAGACAAAAGAGAACGAAUACUUAGUGAUAGUUCACCAACAAGUAGUACAUCUCGUUUCCAUGAUAAUCUAAAUACCAAUCAUCUAUUAUCAGUUCAACGUCUUCGAAAAGAUGAACGUGAUCUUGAUAUUGAUGAAGAAAAUUGGUUUAAUGAUGAUACAGAUGAAAAUAAAAUCUCAUCAUUUAAUCAUGGUACAUUAUUUAAUAAUAGUUCUGAUGAUGAAGAUAGUCAACCAGAAACAACUAGUGCAAUUUCAACCAGUGAACCACCGAGAUCUCAUCAUUCUUUAGCAGAUGAUGAUGAUGACGACGAUGAUGAAGAAGAAGAUGAUGAUGAUGAUAAUAAUGAUAAUAGACUACCAACAUCAUCACGGUCUCAUUAUAAUAAACCUGUAAUUAGUAUUCAUAUACAACGUUCACCGACAUCAUCAACAACAGCCGCUCUUCCAGUUGAUACGUCGUCUUCACCGACAUCAUCACAAUUAAUUGAACCUGCAUCUCCCUAUGCUAUGAGUCCAGCUUUAUCGAGUAUUGCUGAUCAAUAUAAUGAUGAUGAAGACGAAAAUGAAGAUGAAGAUGAAGAAGAAGAAAAUAACAGUAAUUCAUAUACAAUAACAAAUAAACGUAAACUAGAUGAUAAUGAUGAUGAAAAUGAACAAACAAAAGUAUUUAAACAAAAUAGUGAUCAAUCAUCUUAG